GGCCUCAAGCCAGCUGUCAUCCCCUUCCCCACUUGCGCUCUCCUCUCCAGAGACUGCUUCGAGUGCUUUCAUUUCACCUCUCGGUCUCUCGCUCUCUCGCCCAAUGUCUUCAGAAAUAUCCUCCUCUGAAUAGUUCCCAGCAAAGGAAACGUCCACACCAACUCCUAUAGCAUCUUCAGUACAUUCAAAGUCCGAUCUUUUGAGUGAAACCAUCGAUCCUCUUCCUUUAAUUUCCCAUCUUUCUUGCAAACCCAAAUUCAAUUACAUUAUUUUUCUUCCACAUUUCCUCUCCGAAGCGAAGGAUGAUGACGCAGGAUAGCAACUCUGCUCAUCACAGCGACGAUCUCUCAAAGCGGACUGUUAUAUUCGGCCUCCAUCUGUGGGUAAUCGUAGGAAUCUGCGUCGGCGCCGCUUUUGUCCUCCUCCUCUUCCUCAUCUCACUCUGGCUAGCAUCCCGUCGCAGUGCUUCCAGCUCAAAAACCUCAAUCCCUAACCUCUCUAAAGAAAUCCUUGAAGUCACUGUCGUUCCCACCGAUCCAAAACCCUUGGCACAAAUACUCCAAAAAUCUACCGCUGAAUCUAACCCGUCCCCUAUUUCAAUCGAAAGGCAAGCCCUUCUCUUGCCAAGAGAAGAAGAAAGCCCAAUUGGAAUCAAUAGAAUCCACAUUGAGAUCGGCAAGGACCAUAGAAUCACUUAUCCCGAGUGCGGCAGCGGCGAGAACCGGUCCGGUGACCAGCUGGUUUCUAUUGUUGCCCCUGAAGUCUCGCACUUAGGAUGGGGUCAUUGGUUCACUCUCCGGGAGCUCGAGGUAGCAACCAAUAUGUUCACUGACGAGAAUGUUAUCGGAGAAGGAGGGUAUGGGAUCGUCUAUCAUGGGGUUUUGACUGAUACCACUCAUAUCGCAGUGAAGAAUUUGCUCAACAACCGUGGUCAAGCAGAGAGGGAAUUUAAGGUUGAAGUUGAAGCAAUUGGUCGGGUUCGGCAUAAGAAUUUGGUGAGAUUGCUAGGCUAUUGUGCUGAAGGAGCUCAUAGGAUGCUUGUAUAUGAGUAUGUGGAUAAUGGAAACUUAGAACAAUGGCUUCAUGGAGAUGUUGGACCUAUCAGUCCUCUCACAUGGGAGGUUAGAAUGGAUAUCAUACUCGGAACUGCUAAAGGGCUAAUGUAUUUGCAUGAAGGAUUGGAACCAAAAGUAGUUCAUCGAGAUGUUAAGUCUAGUAAUAUAUUAUUGGAUAAGCAGUGGAAUCCCAAGGUGUCUGAUUUCGGGCUUGCUAAGCUUUUGGGAUCCGAGAGGAGUUAUGUCACAACUCGUGUGAUGGGAACAUUUGGUUAUGUAGCACCUGAAUAUGCUAGCACUGGAAUGCUGAAUGAAAGGAGUGAUGUCUAUAGUUUUGGAAUCCUAAUAAUGGAGAUAAUAUCUGGUCGAAAUCCAGUUGAUUACAGCAGACCUCCAGGGGAGGUUAAUCUCGUUGACUGGCUUAAAAUAAUGGUUAGCAACAGGAAUUCUGAAGGUGUUUUAGAUCCUAAGAUGCCUGAGAAACCUUCUUCAAGAGCCUUGAAGAGGGCUCUGUUAGUAGCAUUGAGAUGUGUCGAUCCUGAUGCGCAGAAGAGACCGAAAAUGAGUCAUGUUAUACACAUGCUUCAAGUUGAUGAUUUCCCUUAUCGAGAUGAUCGUCGUGGUGGUCGAGUGUGUCGAGAUCCCCAAGAGAAAGCAAGUUUACUUGAAGAUUCAGUAAGUGAAUCAAGUGAUGGUAGAGGUGGCUGUGCCUAUGCUAGAAGACCCCACCAGUUGUAGUGAUUGGACUGUGGAUGCCAUCGCAUUUUUAAUGUGAUAAUGGAGUCUCCUUUCAGUUCGUGAGGUGGGGUUCACAUGGUUUUCAUGACAGCAAGGACUCGCUACCGGACAGGAGGUUGGAGUUUUGGUAAUCAUAAGAAUCCUUACAGCUGGAAACGCUGGCGCUCCACUUUCUGAUGGAUAAUGGACCCCGCCUCCAUUAAUGAAUUUUUGCAGUAUUUGCUGGCUACUGGAAGAUAGUGCUCAAAACGCUUUAUUCUAUAUGAGCCAUGUUCCGGUCUUUGUGCUUUCAAAUUGACUGAAGGAGAUAAAAUGUCAAAUUUCUUGA